AUGUCUGCAUUCAGAUACCUCAUGAAUGAUUGUGCUGGAGACAUUGGAAACCGGAACGGAGCCGAAUAUGCCAACGACAAGAAGCACACCAUCGCAGUGAACUGUGCCGACGAGAGAGAUCAUAUCAAUACAGAGGAUCACAGCAACGGGGACAACUGCUGCAUUGAUGGAGAGAGCCCCAUCUAUGCAGAACAUUGUCCCAGUGGAGAGAACCAUAUCAAUGGGGGCAACCGUGUCAGCGGUGAGAAGAUUCCCAACAGGGAUAGUAAUCUUGACGGCGAGGAGAUUCCCGGCAGGAACAACCAUACUCACCGCAAGGAGCUUCCCAACGGCGAGGCGCUUUUCAACGGGCAGAAGCACAUUGACGGUGACGGCAACCAGACCAACAGCAAGGCGUUCCCCAACAGCAAGAACCACACCGACGGAAAGAGUCAUACCAGUACUCUUCCCCCAAGCCCCUCCCCAACUGUCAAAGCAGCCGCUAGCCCCAAGCAAGGCGACAACAACCUCUUCUGGGCUCGCGAGCUCUCCAACCUACCGCGCCCGCCCCCACGUAGCAUCAUCGCGAAGACGACGGCCCCCAGAGGCCGCCCGUCCAACGCCCGCCACGUCAUUUCCACAGUGCUGGACCGCGAGCUGACCCGCGGCGUGCACAGCACGAGCGCACACCUCGGUGUUACGCCGGCGGCCCUCGCGUUCACCGGGUUGGGUAUCAUGCUCGAGCGGACUCUGGAGGCAGAUGACGACUUCUUCGUUGCCCUGGUGGUACAACCCGAUCCUUCUCGCACGGGUACGCCGUUUCUGCCCGUAAGACUCCGGCCGAGUGCGCAGGAGAGGGUGGUCGACGUCGUGCGCAGGGUACAUGCCAAGCUGGAGUUGGUCAUGCAACACGCAGACGGUGUCGUGCUUCCGCUGCUGGACCAGAGCACCGGGCCUGGACAUAGUUGGCGGGAGUGUAUGCCUGCUGCCUUCAGCUACGAGGUCCUUCCCGGAAGGAUGAUGCCGGGACGUCCUCGGCGCUCGAUCGCCGGUGCGACGUCGUUGCUGGCUGCUGAUGACGAGGUGGCGGCCGCAGUCGAUUUGCGGCUGCACAUCGCUGAAUCUCAGGACAACGGGUGUGCAUACCUCACGCUGACAGUCCCGGAGGCUCUGUACACGCAUUAUGAUGCGGAGUCCCUUGCAGGCAGAUACUCCCAGGUCGUCCGUGCGAUACAAGGAGACGUUUCGCUAAAGGUGCAAGACUGCCCCUUGUUCGACUUUGCGGAAGGCCGACGUGCGAUACACUGGGGAAGAGGUCCGAGAGUCAAGUUUGAUGAGUGGCCUGCUACCCUCUUGCACAAGAUCGAUGAAGUGGCAGGUAGCAUGUCGGGAAACAUUGCAGUGAAGGACAGCCAAGGGAACCAGCUCACUUACGCCGAACUGCUCCAGCAUAUUGGAACCAUCGCCGCUGCCUUGCUGCAGUGCAAUCUGAGCAAUGGGGACCGCGUAGCAGUGUAUUGCGAGCCGAGCAUCGAUUCGCUGUGCUCGCUGCUCGCCAUCACGCGAAUCGGAUGCAUCUACGUCCCGCUCGAUCUGCGUAAUCCAGUGGAACGACUAGCGUCUAUCGUCGAAGACUGCGAUCCUUCAGUUAUUCUUUUCCAUGGCUUGACUGUACAGAGUGUGGCUGGUGUAACGCAGCCUGGCAUUCAGCUCCUCAACAUAGCGACGCUCCCUCAGGGAAACCUCGAUAGCGCUCCUCCACCCACCACGAGCACAUCCCGCGACCCUGCCUUCGUGCUCUAUACCAGCGGCUCCACCGGCCGCCCAAAGGGCGUGCUCCUAAGCCAUGGCAACUUCCUUGGCCAGAUCGCAGCGGUGCACAGAGAGUUUGGCCUUGAACGGGAGCGCGUGCUGCAGCAAAGCUCGCUUGGUUUCGAUACCUCAUUGCACCAGAUAUUCGUGGCCUUGACGACCGGCGGCACAGUCAUUAUUGCCAGACGGGAUAUCCGCGGUGAUCCAGUGAAGCUUUCCGAGCUGAUGGUAGCAGAGCGCGUCACUUUCACCGUUGGCGUGCCAUCAGAAUAUUCGGUUCUCCUGCGGUACGGCAAUGCGCAGCUCAGGGAAUGCCGCGAUUGGAGAUACGCUGUGAGCGGCGGCGAGCGUAUGACUGUCGCGCUGAAGCAGGAGUUCCGUGCGCUGGGUGAUUUUGGCCCGAUCUUGCUGAGCUGCUAUGGCCCGACCGAGGUCGCGCUGGCAUCGUCCUUUGGCGUCCUUUCAUAUUCUAACCCGGAACUAGGCGCAGACGAUGAGAACAGCCCUGUGGGCUUCACUCUGCCGAACUACAGCGUGUACGUGCUUGAUGAGGAGAUGAGGCCUGUCACUACGGGUUUUCCGGGCGAAGUGUACAUUGGAGGAAUUGGAGUCGCCUGCGGAUAUCUGCAUAACGAGAAACUUUCCAAGGAAAGAUUCGUUCCGGAUCCCUUUGCCGAUGAACAAGAUGCUGAGCGGGGCUGGACCCUAAUGUAUAGGACGGGUGAUAAAGGUCGACUACUCCCGGACGGGGCUUUAUCAUUCUUGGGCCGCAUCGAUGGCGACUCCCAAAUCAAGCUUCGAGGUAUUCGAAUCGAGCUGGAGGAAGUCGCCAAUGUCAUCGUUGCGGCUUCGGAGGGCAUUCUUCAUCAAGCUGCCGUGGUGGUUAAGGGAUCAUCCGAACACCAGUACUUGGUGUCGUUCGUGACAUUCUCUCCGGACCGCCUGCCCGACGAUACCCCAACUUAUCUCCAGGGGCUCCUCAAUUCGCUCCCUCUGCCGAUAUACAUGCGGCCAGUGGCGUUGCUUCAGCUAGACAAGAUGCCCAUGAACGUCAACGGGAAGCUUGACAGGCGCGCACUGAGCUCGCAACCCAUCGCGGAGUUUCAGCAGGACAAGGCGGUCGACGACGAAAAUGCUGGGCCAACUGAGAGGCGCUUGGAAAGGAUAUGGCAAGAGGUGAUUGGGUCCGGAUCCCAUUCGCAAGACGCUUUCCGAAUCGCCUUGGACUCGGAUUUCUUCCAGGUUGGCGGGAACUCGCUCACGCUGGUCGAGCUGCAAAAGCGGAUAUCCGAUGCUUUUGGGAAGACCAUCAGAUACCCUGAUCUGUUCUUCGUAAGCGUUCUGCGGGACAUGGCAGCCAGAAUCGAUGGCAAAGAUAGCGCUACUCCGUCUCCUGCAAUCGACUGGACACACGAGAUCGAAGCGUGCCUUAGUCGAGUCAAGAGGAAGCAGGUACUUCUCACCGGCGCGACGGGGUUUCUGGGAAGCCAUCUGCUCCGCCGACUCAUCGAAAGCCCGCACGUAUCAAAAAUCCACGCUGUCGCGGUGCGACACCACCACCUUGUUAAUCAACAGAACGGAUCAACACCUCAGCUCGCAGGCGUCUUGUCGCCAAAGCUCCAGAUAUGGUCUGGCGACCUCAAACUCCCUGCUCUAGGCAUGUCUGCCGACACGAUGGCCCAUCUAGCCAACACGGUGGACGUUGUCAUCCACAACGGCGCCGACGUGUCGUUUCUGAAAUCCUAUCAGUCCCUCCAAGGCCCAAACGUCGGCGCGACAAUUGAGCUCUGCCACCUUGCGCUCAAACGCCACAUCCCCUUCCACUUCGUCUCCUCAGCCGGCGUCUUGCGCCUCGCGCACGAUCUGGAAGCCGUCGGGGAGAUCUCCAUGGCGGCAUAUCCGCCCCCACGCGACGGCUCUGAAGGAUACCUAGCGUCGAAAUGGGCCAGCGAGCAGAUUCUCGAGCGAGCGGCCAAGCAGAUGGGCUUGUGCGUCCAUAUUCAUCGGCCCACUAGCGUUGUGGGCGAAGGCGUCCCCGAAACAGAUGUCAUGGCUAAUCUGCUACGUUUCUCCCGCACCAUGAAAGCCGUGCCGGUAUUCCCCGGCGCGCAUGGCGUCUUCGACAUGGUGCGAGUGGAGGAUGUAGUCGACGGCAUCCUGCAGGAGGCACUAGGUACUACUGUGCAGCCGAAAUGUAACGGCGCCGACCGAAGCGAGUGCGAGGGUUUAUUAGGGGAUGUGGGUCCAGUCUGUUGGACCCAUCACGCCGGUGCAAACCACAUACCGGUGGAUGGUCUGGCCGAUUAUCUGCAGAACCAACAACAAGAUGCGUUCCGGGAAGUAAGUUUGAAGGAUUGGGUGGCAGAAGCCGUGGCGCUCGGCCUGAAUGAGAAGGUGGCUUCGGUUCUGAACACGCCUGAAGCAGCGCGUGGACAUGGGGUGACGAUUCCCCGCCUGCUGCGGAGUAAGCGUCAGGGCCCUUCGGAGAAAGGGGACGAAACCGGACCAGAUUGCAAGAACUCACCUUGA